GGAGAGUUUCUGCUGGCUGACAGCAGAGGGAGAGAGAGAGAAAGAGAAAUGGCGCCUCGGCACUCUACUAGCUGAGACACAGUCAGAACGAAAGCAACUGACAAGAGCGACAGGACAGGAUCUGUCUAUCAGCGGGGACAGACAGCAAUCAUGGUGAACACCCGAAAGAGCUCGGAGCACAAGCCCAUCAGUCCCUUCAUCUCGGGCCGGACGAGGUCGUCUCAGAGGAACAACCCAAACUUGGACGAGCACAACAGCCGUGUAAGGAAGAGAGAGACACCGGCAGCCUAUUCUCUCCGCCAGCCGAAGGAGCCCAGCAGUGAUGUUAACAGCAGUAGCCCACGUUUGUCCCCGCCGCCCAAGCGGACCCGCAGACAGACACCACCAAGUUCUACUGAUACUUCUCCUAGUCCCCAGAGUAAAGGCCAGAGAGGCCCAUGGACCAUGUCCAAACACUGUACUAGGUUGUCCACUGGUGCCUUGCAGAAUGGACACAGUCGAAUGAGUCUGCGGGGUGAUUCUACAUCGGAUGGGGACCACGGUCGCAUGAACGGUCACGUUGAGCUCAAGAGAAGCCGUCGCGUCAGAAAGUCCCAGUUCGAACACCUCAAUCAGAGCUUACUUUUUGACCAACUUGUCAACAGUACGGCAGAAGCAGUUCUUCAAGAGAUGGACAACAUCAGCAGCAUACGGCAAAAUCGGGAAGUGGAGCGCCUCCGCAUGUGGACGGAUACUGAACUGGAAAACAUGGAUAUGUACUCCCGCGUGAAGAGGAGGAAAUCUUUGCGUAGGAACACGUAUGGAAUGCAGGCGCAUCACAAAGUCAUGAGCAAGUCAAAAGAUCCCGAAGAGGAGGAAGGAACUGAAGAGUCUCACGAGGAGGGAGAAGAGGAUGAAGAUGUGGAAGCUGAUGAUGAUGAAGACGAUGAAGGAGAUGAGGCAGAAGAGGCUGGAGAGGAGAAUGACAGACCUUAUAACCUCAGGCAGCGUAAAACUGUGCAGCGCUAUGAAGCACCCCCAAUAGAGCCAGUGAACAGGAAGCAAAGCAAGGGCUCUCUGUUCGACACACACAGAUCUCCUGCAAGAAGAAGCCAUAUUAGAGUAAAGAAACAUGCCAUUCACAGUAGUGAAUCAACAUCAUCGUCUGAUGAAGAACGCUUUGAGAGGCGGAAAAGCAAAAGCAUGAGCCGAGCUCGAAACAGGUGUCUACCUAUGAACCUGCGGGCAGAGGAUCUGGCCAGCGGUGUGCUUCGAGACAGAGUAAAAGUAGGCGCCAGUUUGGCAGAUGUGGAUCCCAUGAAUCUGGACACUUCUGUGAAGUUUGACAGUGUUGGAGGUCUCUCCCAUCACAUCCAGUCCUUAAAAGAAAUGGUUGUCUUUCCUCUGCUAUAUCCAGAAGUGUUUGAGAAGUUUAAAAUCCAGCCCCCAAGAGGAUGUCUGUUCUAUGGGCCUCCAGGAACUGGGAAGACGCUGGUGGCGCGGGCUUUGGCCAAUGAAUGCAGUCAGGGUGACAGGAAGGUGUCUUUUUUCAUGCGCAAGGGCGCUGACUGCCUCAGCAAAUGGGUGGGAGAGUCUGAACGACAGCUCCGCCUACUUUUUGACCAGGCAUACCUCAUGAGACCCUCCAUCAUCUUUUUCGAUGAGAUUGAUGGCCUCGCUCCUGUUCGCUCCAGCAGGCAGGAUCAAAUUCACAGCUCCAUAGUGUCUACAUUAUUGGCAUUGAUGGAUGGUUUGGACAGCCGGGGGGAGAUAGUGGUCAUCGGUGCUACAAAUAGACUCGACUCUAUCGACCCCGCACUCAGGAGGCCCGGACGGUUUGACCGGGAGUUUCUGUUCAACCUGCCAGAUAAAAAGGCUCGAAAGCACAUUCUGGAAAUCCACACCAGGGACUGGAGCCCCAAGCUAGCUGAACCCUUCAUAGAUGAGCUAGCUGAGAAAUGUGUCGGUUACUGUGGGGCCGACAUCAAAGCACUUUGCACAGAGGCUGCGCUAGCGGCUCUGCGGCGGCGUUAUCCUCAGAUCUAUGGCAGCAGCCAGCGUUAUCAGCUGGAUGUGGGCUCCAUCGUUUUGGGGCCGCAGGACUUUGGUCGUGCUCUGCGCUCCAUAGUACCUGCGGGUCAAAGGGCCCUGGCUCCGCCCGGCCAGGCCCUUUCCUGUGUGUUGAAACCCCUGCUGGAGCCUACGCUGGCCCAAACACUGGCCUGCCUAAUGCGAGUCUUCCCCCACGCAGAGCUCCUGCACAGGGAACACACACACGACACUGACAAUCAUCUGUUGGUGGAGGACUCGUACAGCGAGGAUGAAGAACAUGGUGCUCCUUCCAUUUAUGAAAAUCAGCCAGGAUCGCCGAAGGCGGCAUUGUCCUGCACAACCCAUAAACCCUUUCUCCACUUUACCACUUCUGCCUACCAGCAGCCCACCUCGUACCGGCCACGGCUGCUGCUGACGGGACCCCAGGGUGCGGGACAGAGCACACACCUGGCCCCUGCUGUGCUGCACCACCUGGAGAAGUUCACUGUGCACCGUCUCGACCUUCCCACGCUAUACUCCGUCAGUGCCAAAACCCCAGAGGAAUCCUGCGCUCAGGUGUUUCGUGAGGCUCGGCGCUGUGUACCCAGCAUCAUCUACAUGCCUCACAUCAGUGACUGGUGGGAAGCCAUCAGUGAGACGGUCAAGAGCAGCUUUCUCACGCUCCUGCAGGAUGUACCCUCGUUCACACCGCUCCUCAUCCUCGCCACAGCAGAGAGCGUCUACCAGCAGCUCCCUGAUGAGCUAAAAUACAUCUUCAGCCGUUCAUACGGAGAGGUGGUUUGUUUAAGCAUGCCGGGAGAAGAAGCACGCAGGAAGUUUUUUUCAGACCUCAUUCUGGUGCAGGCAGCCAAGGCGCCACCCCGCAGGAGGAAAACCGUGUGCGCUCUGGAGGUGCUGACCCUCGCUGAAGACCCCGGCCCUCGGCAGCUCUCGCCGGAGGAGCAGCGGCGAUUGGAGGAGCAGGAGGAGAACACCUUGCGCGAGCUCCGCCUCUUUCUCAGGGACGUCACAAAGCGGCUCGCCACCGACAAGCGCUUCCAGAUCUUCAGCAAACCCGUGGACAUUGAGGAGGUUUCAGACUACCUCGAGGUUAUCAAACAGCCUAUGGACCUGUCCACCAUCAUGACGAAGAUCGACACUCACAAAUACACGGUCGCCAAGGAUUUUCUGGUGGACAUUGACCUCAUUUGCAGCAACGCGUUAGAGUACAAUCCAGACAAGGACCCAGGAGAUAAAAUCAUCCGCCACAGGGCCUGCAGUCUGAAGGAUACUGCACACGCCAUGAUCGCCUCUGAGCUGGACCCUGAGUUCGACCGCAUGUGCGAGGAGAUCAAGGAGUCCCGCAGGAAGAGAGCCUCUCAGACCACACCGCAGCCGCCCGUCACUCCGAGCGCCGUGGCAACCAGGAAGCCUGUGGGAGAGGAGGCGGGAUUAAGCAGUUCUCAGGGUGAUGGAGUGGACAAGCACUGCAGCAAUAACAUAAAGCGCAAAUGGCGGCGGCGACCGAUUUGGGGGCGGGGCAUCAUCAGGAAGAAAAAGAGCUAUAAAAAGGAAGAAGCGGAGGAAGAUGAUGAACCUGAAGAAGAGGAAGGAGCAGACGACUCUGCUGCAACGCUGCAAGGUGAUGCUUGUCUCACCCAGGACGAGUCGUCCUGUGAUGCCAUGGAGCUUCCUCCUAACAAGCAACCUCUCCAGGCCAACGGACACGUCCUCUCCACGGAGGAGGAGAAUUCCUCCGAGCCGACUGCCACUCAGGAUCCUCAGGGCGAGGAGGAGCCCGUCAAGGCUCCCCCGGAGGAAGCUUCCAGCAGUAAGGAGGCCACAAUGGCUCCUGCUCCUCAAGAGUGUGUGAAUGGAAAUGAAUCUAUGGACAGCGUAUACAGCGAGGCUCUUGAUAAAGAAACAGAGGUGGACUCUAUUAAAAAAGAUACACUUGAAGAAGAGCAGGAGCAGCAUUCUGCCCCAGAAUGCAAUGCGGAGGAGAAUGCAACAGCAGUCGAGGGGAUGGCAUCUGACGGCGACCAUGAAACAGAAGGUUCAUCAAAAGGGAAAAAGUCAAACGAGUCAGCCGUCGGACUCGAGGAGGCAGUGGAACUUCCUCCACCUCCGGCUCUCGUGGUUGACCACCAGCGACUCAAGGCUCUGUUGGAGAACGUGGUUGUGAAGAGUGAGGGCUUCAGUGUGGAUCAUCUGGAGAGAGUUUACUCGGUGCUUAGCCAGUGCAUUUACCAGCACCGCAGAGACUACGACAAGACCCAUCUGAUUGAGGCGAUGGAGAGGCAAGUCGAACAUUUCGAAACAUUCCUGUGAUGAAUAGAGGGCUUUCAGAGAGAAACGUGAUCGGAGAGUCUUUUGAUACGAGAGGCCGGCGUUCUGCGCCAAGUCCGUAACGCGGAGCAGGUCUGGACGCCUCGGUCUCAAAUAACAGCAGGAAGGUGCAGACAUUAGAAACAAAGGCUCACAGAGGCGACCUUGGUGCUAUCAUCUCAGGUACCUGAAACAGAACCAGUCUACAGAACCAAACACAAAAAACUCCUGGAGGUUUUCCUUUGUAUCCGUUUUUCGAUAUUUUUUUGUAAACUCGCAUACAUGCCAAUUGCCGACGAUCGUUCUUGGUGCUAUUGGGUGCUAUUGGUUUUUGUUUUCCUUCUUUUUUUUUUUUUUUUUUUUGUCUGCUGCUCGUUGUUCUCAUAAAUAAGCAAACACAACACAAACAGUACAAUAAACGAUUGUGAUGUCGCAAAGCAACCUCAGCCUCCGUCUACUGGAAGCAAACACAUACAUAAUAAACACAGAUUCUCACCAGCAGAGGCAAACUGUAUACGGAUGGCAUACGGAGUCAGCUGGUCGUUUACUGUGGAAAUAAACUACAUCGCCCUCUUUCUACAUCCACCCGUCAACCCUUGAUGUCACACGGGAUUAUCAACACUUUUUAGCCACAUAGAGAUACUCUUGCUUGGGGGAAAAAAAAAAAAUAAUAAUAAAAAUACAACACGUUUUGUAGGGACGUCUAUAGAGUUGUUUUCUACUCGAUGUUCAUUGUAAAAUUUCCAAGGCCUCUGUAUUGUAACUUUUCCUUGUGACAAAUUGAGUCUAUAACAUUUGUAGAAAAAUAAACACACAGGUUUUGGUUAAAAAAUAGACCUUUAGGAGAGGAAUGGUAUUAUUUUAGACCCAUCGUGUAUUGUUUUUCUAGUUUAACUGGAGUAGAUAUCUGGAGAUUGCACUGCCUAGCAUGUGCCUUAACUUUUGAAAUAGGCUACAAACAGCAAAAUAUUGACUAUCAAUAUGUUUAUAGACGAGUCACAAGACUACAAACCGAUUAAAAACAAGUGGCUUAAGUAUUUGCCAAUCUCUUCUCAAUCUUCACGGUUUGCUCCAUCAUGCAUUGUGGCUUUCUUUUGCCAUUCGUUUUUAUUGUAACAUCACAUUUGGCAUUUAAAAUGGCAGUCUAGGCAGUGCUGAGUUUUUGAACGUAAAUCAUUACUAUUUUUUUGUUGUUGUAUUUUUUUAAUUUUAAUAUUUGACCUUUAUAGUGUUUCCAUUGUGUUAAUAUUGUUAGCCGUCUCAUUAACUUGAUUUCUGUCGAUUUUGGCGUCGUGUAAGUAGCAUUAACCGAGUCUUUUGUUAACUUUCAUCGCUUUAUAAAGAACGUUGAUCCGAGCGUGAGAGUUCUUGCGACCUUGCGUUAGGAUCCGGUGCUAUAAAAAUGGAAAAAAGGAAAAAAAAAUAACACUUUUUAAGACAUAUGCAAAAGAAAGUAACUAGGAUUUAGCUGUUAGCUUUGGACUACUGCAGUGCGUGUGAGAGACAGAACCGCAGCUACCUCAGCGAGUUUUCAAGCGAAGAGACAAAAGUAAUGACCUGUUUACUGACAAACAGUAUUUGUUGACCUCUAAUAUCACUGCGCCCUUCAGAAAUUCAAGCUAAGGUACUGGAUCACCUCUCCGACAUGUGGCUGCUGCAGUAAUCCUCGGGUUUGUUCGCUACGUUUCAUUUUUUUGGGGUCGUUCUGCGUUUGAGCCGAGAAAAGAAUGGCAUUGUAAUAUCGCUGAAAUGUUAUAUACUGUAUUUUUUGUUUUUUUUUACAUGUGCAUCCCAUGAUUUGCAUUUUAUCAGCCAUGUUUGUGAAAGCGCUUGCUUCGGUCCAUUUCAUGAGCGUUUUUGCUUUCGCAGUCGCAUUAUUGCCUGUCCGUUUGUUAUUUAUUAAAUUAUUAAACGUCAUAUGUUCAACCGAAACUAAUUGGAAAAGUUGUUACAUGAAAUUUGUGCCGAGACACGAUGUAGCACAUUUUUUGUAGCAGGUGUUGCACGACGUUCACAAACGGGGUUUACUGGUCUCAGGUCUCUGCUACAUUAAUAUUUAUUCCAUAAGGUUGGAGAUGAUGGUGGUUAUGCUUCUUUUUAAUCGUCAAGGGGGGAGUUCAUGCGGCUGAUGUGCUAGUACCAUCGACAGGGUGUAGCGUUGAAGAAACUACUGUAAUGCUGACCACUUUUUACCAAAUUUAUCUAAGAAAUGAUGAGCUUUAGUUGAUGCCAAUUUGUAAGACGUACCCUGGUCAGUAAUGUGUAAAAUGAAAUCUCGCAUUUAGAAGCUCCACUAAUAUAUUUUUUAGAAGAUUAACUCCUAAAUCCUGCAUUAAAGAUGUUACAAUGUGGGCAUGAUGAAAGUCUAUGUAGUUCUGUGUUCAUUACCUUUAGUUGACCAGAGAUUAUUCAGAUUAUUUGACUGAUGGUAGGAAGUCCAUAGAACAAUAGCAUUUUGCUUUUGGUAGGUGAAUGUGACCCACUCACCCCUUGCUGUUGUUGCUGGUGUUAUAAGUCCAGGAGUUUCUCAAGUCAGUACUUUUUUUUUUAGCGCAAGCAUUUGUUUAGUUAAUCCCAUUUAAUCAGUUGCUUUAUAUACCCCCCUCCCCCACCCCCACCUAUGAUGAUUUACAAGGUUGAGGGAGUUUUAUUUUCUAGAGUAAUACAUGAAUUUGUGUCCCUUUUUACUACUACGAAGCAAAUCAAAACCACACGUAUUGUUCUGUCCUUCCCUGCAGUCCUUCUUUUGUGAAAUGAUAUAUUUACUGUAAUUUCUGAAAUAAACUGCUGUGAUAUACUUGAAUAAAAGGUGCAAAUUGAA